AUGGCUUGUUCCUCGACAGAAGAAACGUACGGCUACGAAGGCAGCCGCUUCGAAAAUGAUGUCGACGAAAAUUUUCAUUGCUCUAUCUGCUAUAAUGUUCUCAAGGAACCGAGGAUGUGCAGAAAUAACGAACACAUCUUUUGUCUUGCCUGCAUCACUCAACAUUUGAAGGUGAAUUCACAAACUUGCCCAGAAUGUAACGAACAUUUGAGCGUAGACACGCUUCGCCGGCCGCGAGUGUUGAAUAACUAUUUAUCGAAGCUGAAAAUUAAUUGCGACUACGCCAGUCGGGGAUGUUUGAAGUUCAGCUGUGUCGGAGAUCUCAAAACUCACGUUGCAAAUUGUCGUUUUGCUCCGGUGUUGUGUUCAAACGAAAACUGUGGUACGGUAAUUAACAAGCAAGAGGCGGCCCAUCACGAGACUGUCGUUUGUGAAUAUAAGAAAGCGAAAUGUCAUGAUUGUGGACUAAUGCAGGAAGUUGUGGAAAGAUUGGAAAGACGCUUAACAGAAUUGGAUUGGAAAGUAGAAGCAGAAAGCUAAGAAACGAAGAAGAGCAAAUAUGAAAUUAAACAAGAGCACAAAGAAGUCAAGAAAGAAGUCGGGGAAGUUAAGAAAGAAGAAAAGGAU